AUGAACAAUAACGAAGAUAUAAAUCCUCCAAUAAAAUGUGGAUAUUGUGGGUGGUUACUUAAUGGAUUAAUGAAUGUUAGCUUGCUACAACAUGAUUGCUUGAAACAUUAUAAUGAGGAAAAACAUUUUUUACAUGUUGAUGACAACAAUGUUGCGUCUAUUAUUGAAAAAGAUCAAUCAACAAACAUUCAAACAAGCAAUAAUAAUAUUAGUGAUUAUAAUGAAGCACUUGUUAAUGCUGUGUACUCUAGACCUGCAUUAUACGACCAUCGUAUACCAAUAAAAGAAAGGACAAGUCUAAAAAAAAAGGCAUUAUGGAAAGAAGUCGCAAAUUUAAUGGGAGAAUUCGUCCAAAAACGCUGGAAACAACUUCGCGACAGUUAUGUUAAAGCGAAAAAAAGAGAAAACGCAUACAUACCAAGUGGGUCUUCUGGAAGUGCAAAAAAUGACAAGAUAUCUUUUACUUUGUACAGCGAGAUGAAAUUUUUAGAUGACGUAACAGGAAAGUCGCUCACAGUCACUAGUUUGCCGUCAUUACCGGUAGAUAUCGAUGAAUGUCCAAUACAACCGACAAUCAGUACUGCUCAAAUGGUUCCACCACCUCAAAGUUCAUUAGAUUCUGUCUCGUCAGAUAGCUGGAUUAAUAUAUCUGAUUCAGCAAAAAUGAAAGAAACCGAUGAUACUUCAGAAACUGAAAUAAGAAGAAUAAUUUUAUCAAAUAUUGAAGAAUCGAAAAAGACGCCUGACGCUGUUGAUGGUUUUCUUCUCCAAAUAGGAAGUAGAUUACGGACAUUGCCACCACGGGAGAGGGCACAAUUUGAAAUAAAAAUAUUAACCGAUCUUUUGGAUUUAGAAAAUUCUUUAUCACUUCAUUAA